UUGCCUUGCUCUUGUGGCUCAUUUCGAGAGCCGGUCCGCCUGAGCAGCAUGGCUGCUUACCGAGUGGAGGAGCGGGGUACCCUCAAUAGCGUCGAUUACAGGCUCUUCUUCAAAAACGAUAAAGGACAAUACAUCUCUCCUUUCCAUGACAUUCCAAUAUAUGCAGACGCUGACAAGCAUGUCUUCAACAUGGUUGUGGAAAUACCUCGAUGGACCAAUGCAAAGAUGGAGAUUGCAACUAAGGAUCCUCUAAAUCCAAUUAAACAAGAUGUGAAGAAAGGAAAGCUACGUUACGUUGCUAAUGUAUUUCCCCACAAGGGAUAUAUCUGGAACUAUGGCGCUAUUCCACAGACGUGGGAAGAUCCAAUGCAUAAAGAUGAAAAUACCAACUGUGGUGGAGACAAUGAUCCAAUCGACGUUUGUGAAAUUGGAGACAAGGUGUGCCACAGAGGCGAAAUAAUUCAAGUGAAGGUUUUGGGUACGCUGGCAUUGAUCGAUGAGGGUGAAACCGAUUGGAAGAUCAUUGCAAUCAACAUUAAUGACCCUGAAGCUGCUAAUAUGAAUAAUAUUGGUGAUGUCAGAAGAAUUAAGCCUGGAUACCUGGAAGCAACUGUGGACUGGUUUAGACGAUACAAAGUACCUGAUGGGAAGCCAGAAAACCAGUUUGCAUUCAACGGAGAAUUUAAAGAUAGGGACUUUGCAAUUGAUACUAUCAAAAGCACUCAUAACUACUGGAGGGCUCUAAUAAUUAAAAAAACAAAUGCAGGAGAGAUUGCUUGCACAAAUACAACUUUGACAGAUAGUCCUUUCUGUUGUAGUCAAAAUGCCGCAGCAGCCACUGUGUCAGCGCUACCUCCUUGUGGGACCUGUAAUCCAUUACCAGCUGAAGUGGACCGGUGGUUCUUUUGCCAGUGAAAUUUGACCAAAAUGACAAAAGUUACAGAAGCAGCUGCCUACUCAUCAAGAUAUUUGUGCAGGACACUUGUGAAGAAUUAGCUGAGAAUCCAAAACAAUAUGUUUAUAAAUAAGUAAAUUAUGACUCAUAGUCCACUGUAUGCAUUCAAAAAAUAUGAGAUUAGAUGAUGUAAAAUACCAGCUAAAGUCUUCAAAUAUACAUCAUGAAACUCACUCAUACAUUAUUUUGCUGUUUGCUAGGUUUAUCUCAGUGUUCUCCAGUAUAAAAAUUUAGGUUGUUUUUUUCUCCUCCUAUCAGACAGGUUUAUUUUAACAGAUGAAGGGGGAAAACCCCACACACUGAUUCCUUGACGUGCGUAUGCCAUUUUAAAACUUAAGGUUCCUUACAAAAUCAACAAACCACGGAACUGAGAUUAAAGUACAAUGUCGAGCCAGAGAACACAACAGUGCUGCUGCUGAUGAUGACUGCUUCCAUUCAUUGAUGCAGUUAGUAGAUAAAUAAUAAAUUAACAGUAUGCUUAUAUGGCAAACCAAUAUAAAAUGACAUAGGUACCAGUUAUUAUAUAAAACAGUGAACAAGCUAAAAUAAUAGCCCGAGAUUGCCCAUUUGUUCUCGAAGCAGUGUUUCUUUAUUGAGGGGUCCUUGGUGCAAACGUUUUGUUGCAGACAAACUAGGUAACAUCAUUAGUGUAUUUAUGUUUCUUUAGUCUCAGUGCUCUGUUGGCUUCUUCUAAUGAUGUCUGUGGGUGGGCUGAGGCCAAUGCAGGGAUGAGCAACUGUUGCCUCCAAGAUGCCUUUAUGUGGCUCUGGGGCCCAUCGCAUCCCCUAGCAUAAAUGUUGAAAACUGAAAAGAGUUUUUUAAGUGAAAAAAAACAAAAAAAAUAAAAUGUAGCCCCUAAAAUGGGCAUACAAGAGA